CAAGAUCACAGUCACAGCUCUCUGUUCUCUCACUUCCAGCCCUCCCACUCACAACCGAAACAAUGACCCAACACACCCACCAAGACUACAUGCGUCUCGCCCUACUUGAAGCCCGCAAAUCCCCUCCCAAACCCACAAACUACUGCGUCGGCGCCAUCCUCGUGUCCCCUUCCUCACCCCACCCCAUCCUCGCAACAGGCUAUACACUCGAACUCCCCGGCAACACCCACGCCGAACAAUGCGCACUGCUCAAACUAGCCCAAAGCAUGAAUAUCUCAGAGGAACACGUGGGCUCCAUAAUGCCUGAAGAUACAGUGCUGUACACAACAAUGGAACCUUGUGAUUUGAGGAAUAGUGGGAAUCUACCUUGUACGGAAAGAGUGCUGUUGACGACGAGGAAUAGUGGGGAGCACAAGGGGGUCAGAAAGGUUUAUAUCGGGGUCAAAGAGCCUGAGAAGUUUGUGGGUGAGAACAAGGGGAGGAAAAAGCUGGAAGAUGCUGGCGUUGAGGUCAUACAUGUGCCGGGGCUUGAAGAUGAGAUUUUGAACGUGGCGACUGCUGGACAUGUACAGGCAGAAGCAGAAGAGGAAGAGCAAUGAUGAAUAAUAUUUCCUGAUUAUCUGCUAGUCAUACAGUGUCAUGAUGGGGAGUCUCGAGACGUCUCUAGUUGCCUCUGGCAGCAUCCUCCUCCUUGUUCUUGGGCACGCUGAUGAUCUUGGGAACUGUGACCGAGUUGAGGUUGCGGAAUGCGUUUGCGACGGCACCGUCGGGAAGCUUGCCGUCCCA